UUAUCGAUAACAUGUCUUAUCGAUAAAGUGCAUUGCUGCGUUUCCCUGGAUAUUGUUGAGUUUAAUUUUUAGUUUAAAACACAAAAUGGCCUUGACCAAUGUGCUACAGCUCAGCCAGAUCGCUGGUCAUGUCAUCUUGUUCAUCCUGUCAUUGUGCAUCGUCGUGCCAUUGUUUAUAAACCUCGACCAGUUCUGUGGACACUGUCUUCUCUUCACAACUGGAAAAUGGCGGGAGGAGGAUGGAAUGUUUGAUGUCCAGUGGGCCUCCAAUGGUUUCUGCAAUUUUCCUCUGAUUACUGGUAUCUUUCUGCUUAUCGUUUCGGUGGUGCAGAUAUACAGAUACGCACGCAUGAAGGAGGAGGCCUCGUUUUUAGCUCUAUUCAUUGAUGUGGUCUUGGGCAUCUGGAUGCUGGCUAUGUCCAUUUUGUCGGCUAUAUUCAUUACCCUGGGUUUCAUCGUCUGGUGCGAUGGCAUGACUGAGAGGUUCCCGUCCUGCGCUAUUUCCGCAGGUCAGAACAUCAUCCGCGGCGAUACGGAGAAAAUAAACACUUCUGGAUUCUAUAUUGAAAUGGGAACCACUCAAUUUGGCGCCUGGGGCUCUUUCGCUAUUUCUGUGGGCAUCGGCGUAAUCGCUCUUCUAAAACUUAUCGACAACCACCAGGUGCGCAACAUCAAGGUUUCCAUGUAUUUGGAGCGCCAGCGUUUGAUGAAUCAGCAACAGUACGAUGGCCGGUCAACCCCCCCGAUCGUGUCCAACGCUUCAUCCGAUUCUGAGCAGAAUAAAUAGUUAACGUUUGUGACCAGCCAGCAGUUUAUAAUUCUCUAUGUAUUUCUCAUCAUGUGCGUUAUAAUCAUUGUGUGUCAUUUGAUCCUCGUCCUUAUCAUCGAGGCGGAAACUCGGCAGCACACUAUAUCGAUGUAGCCAAAAGCGCGAAACUAAAGAUAUUAGUCCUAUGAUUUAAGACAAUUUGCGUGAUAUGGUAUUGUAUAUAUGUAUGUAUUUAAUUGAAUAUCCCGUGUUACAAAUAUAGUAAAUUAAAAUUAUUAAUAUAAAUCUAA